AUGAGCGAGCGGCAACUGCUGCCGCAUCCGGACGAGAGGAGGGAGGGCGGCGGCGGCGGCGGGGCCCCGGCUGACAGUGGCGGCGGGAUCCCGGGCGGGGGCGCUCUCGGCGGAGGAUCGCUAGCUCCUGCUCUCACAAGGCACCGAGAGGAGGAGGAAGUAGAGGCCGGCGAGAAAGACAGGCUGAUCUCGGCGAAAGCCGAGGACAGAAAAGGCUGCCGCCUUGGGAAGCAAGAGAACCGGCCUCCCGAACACGAAGGAUACCAGAGCGGGGCGAUCUCCUGCUCUAAUGACGCCGAGUCUGUGUGCAGCAGCAAUAGCAGCUUUCGCAACGGGGGCAUCACACCCACCUGCAGAAUCUGCUUCCAAGGCUCGGAACAGGGUGAAUUGCUGAGUCCUUGCCGAUGUGAUGGCUCAGUACGUUACUCGCACCAGCCAUGCCUUUUGAAGUGGAUUAGUGAAAGAGGGUCAUGGAGCUGUGAGAUUUGCUGUUACAGAUACCAUGUUGUGGCAAUAAGGAUGAAAAGACCAUGCCAGUGGGAACCUAUCACAGUGACCUUGGUUGAGAAGGUUCAAAUAAUAGCAGUGAUCCUUGGUUGCCUUUUUCUGAUAGCAAGUGUGACCUGGCUCUUAUGGUCAGCCUUCAGUCCUGCUGCAAUUUGGCAGCGAAGAGACAUCUUAUUUCAGAUCUGCUAUGGAAUGUAUGGCUUUAUGGACCUUGUUUGCAUAGGUUUAAUUGUUCAUGAAGGAGCAUCAAUAUAUCGGGUAUUUAAACGCUGGAGAGCUGUUAAUCUACACUGGACCGUUUUAAAUUAUGACAAAACAAAGGAUAUAGAAAUUAACAGCAGCAACGCUGAAAGCUCUGCCAAUCAGACCUUUUGGGCCUCUCUGAAUCAAUUCAGAACACAAAGGUCUGUUGGUUCUACUCGAUUAAUGUCUGAAGGAUUUCAGUGCAGCUACACCUUGUUACAUUUACUCACACGAUUCAGGCCACAUGAUGAGGAGUACGAUGAUAACAGUUCUGCUGAGGUAGUAAUGAGGGUAACAACAGUAUGA